AUGGCUCACAUACAGCCGCCAUCCGUCGAUGUUGUCACAGCCACCGGCGUUAUCAACCAACCUGACUAUGACGGGCGGCCCCUCUGUGAAGGAACCGGGAAACUGCUGCGGGCCGAGUGCAGCGAAACUGGCUUCACGCUUGUCGAUGCCGGUAACACUGUCUACUAUGCAGGGUUUAUGGGUUGUGUCAAGGACAGACCAAAUUGUUGUCCGUGGGCUGUGGUUCCUGCAACGGCCAAAGCCCAGGACAACAACCGCGUGUACGACUUCCCGACACCAGUCAACGAUGGCCUGGCUCGACUUCCGAGCUGCGCCGACGAUUACUACUCUAUCUCUGGCGGAUGCUGCCCGACCGGAUUCUGGACUUUUACCGAAGAAGUCGGGGGAAUUACGCCCUGCUGGAGCUCCAUCCGCAGUGUUGAACCUCCCACCCUUACUGUCGAGAAGGACGCACGAACCAAAGACAAACCGACGUCAGCGGUUGUAAACAUCGUGUGGGCGAUGCGCUAUCCCGCAGGCAUUGGCGCUGGAGCCGGCGUCGCAGCUAUCCUCAUCGGCGGUCUCGCGAUCUGUCUCUGGCGGGCUCGUCGCAAAACCAAGAAGCUAGCCGAAGCCCGGCCAGCUACCCUCCCUCCUCCCAUGGUGUCAGAUCCGAAUGGCCCGUACCCCGCUGCCGCCUUCUCGCCGGGAAUGCUACCGCCAGGCAAGGUACCCUCCCUAUCCGACCGUGCCAGCAUCAUGACCAGCACAACCCUCGUCUCUCCAUUGGCGUUGGCCCCGCAGCACACGGGCGCCUCGGCCGGCGGCGGCAUCAGCGAGCUGAGCGGUUCCCAGAAUGGCCAGCAUGCCCUCCAUAACAGCCAGCCGGGCAGCGGUUACUUUCCCCACGCGGCAGCACCAAAUCCACGUGUCUCGUAUGGCGCCGUCAGUCCGGCGGUGGGCAACCCCCGAGCAGGGAUACCCGGCUCCGAUUGCCGAGGCGGACGAGGACAGGCGCAGUAUGCGGGGUAUGGCUACCACCACCAGCAGCAUCCUCAGCAGCAGCAGCAGCAGUAUUAUGGUGUUUCGGGCCAGGGGCAGGGGCAGGGGCAGGGACAGUACUAUUAUCCUCAAGCCCAAGGGGAGGAUGUCUAUCCCCAUCAGCACCAACAGCAACACGGCUACUCGCACAAUGUGCACGAGAUGAGCGCCAACCGGGAAUCGGACCCGCCGCAGGAGGUUAUGGGGAGUGAGGUGCAGCAGCAUCGGACGAAUGGUUAG